ACCGUGAUGCUUAUAUGCUGGUAUCUGGGGUGAUGGCAGCAGUGCUCCUCUACACUCUGUCGGUCAAACACAUGAAGACUGUGGCUCUGUUGCUCCUGGUGGUGGUGGCAGCAUGGGCCAGCCCUCAGGGUUACGGUGCCCCGACAUCUGGAGGGCAGGAUUACCAGUCUGGCCCCGCUGUGUACAACUUCCAGUGGGACGUCAACGACUCUCCCUCAAGCAACUUCUACGGCCAGAAUGAAGAUAGAGACGGAGACAACACCCAGGGCAGUUACUACGUCCAGCUCCCCGGUAAUCGUCAACUGAAGGUGGACUAUACCGUCGACGAGUUCGGCUUCCACCCCGUCGUCACCUAUGGGUCUGGUGGCCAGGGCUCAGGUGGCCAGGGAUACUCUCAGCCCGCCCCAGCCCCAAGCCAGGGGUAUUCUCGCCCUGCCCCAGCACCAAGCCCGAGUUACUCCCGCCCUGCCCCAGCACCAAGCCCGAGUUACUCCCGCCCUGCCCCAGCACCAGCACCAAGUCCGAGUUACUCCCGCCCUGCCCCAGCACCAAGCCCGAGUUACUCCGCCCUGCCCCAGCACCAGCACCAAGUCCGAGUUAGCUCCCGCUCCUGCCCUGCCCCAGCACCAGGCCCUGAGCACCAGCAGCCAGUUACUCCCGCCCUGCCCCAGCACCAGCACCAAGCCCGAGUUACUCCCGCCCUGCCCCAGCACCAGCACCAAGCCCGAGUUACUCCCGCCCUGCCCCAGCACCAGCACCAAGCCCGAGUUACUCCCGCCCUGCCCCAGCACCAGCACCAAGCCAGGAGUACGGUCUACCCACUCAAACUCAAGCCCCACAACAGAGCUACCAGGAGCCUACACCAGCCGUGA